AUGAUUGUUAAUAAAUCAUUUGAUUUCUUAAAUUCAGUUCAUUUGUUCUCAGUUGCUGUUUAUUUAUUCUUAAUGGUGUCUUACGCGAUUGUUUUGCUCAUAUUUUUAACGACAUUGGUCGCUGAAAUCACUGAAUUAUCAUCGAAGAUUAUAUGUCCAUUUUUUGGAGUUUUUGUCGUUUUUACAGUUAUUUUUGGUGGCUAUACAGCCGUUUCGGCAAUUACAUUUAUUCUACAAUUUACAAUUGUCAUCGGUGGUUUUGGUUUAUUUUUUUAUCAAUCAGCAGGAAAGUUAUUAUUUAUUCCUGAUUUCAUGAGCAAUGAUAAAGAUUUCUCUAUCUUCGAUUCUAUUCUAACUUCUUCAAUAGGUUUUUUGAAUGGUCUACAUUUCGCAUCUGCCAGUCCUUUACUAUAUCAAAUAUGUUUAUUUACGUCUGGAGCACUUAUAACAACAUCUUCACUAGGAAUACUUAAUUUCGAUAUCAGAUUUUUGGAAAAUAUUUCGCUUAUAUUUUUUGGUUUGAGUACCAUGGCUUCACCAAUCACUGCCAUAUUUUUGACCGGUUAUUUAUUACCGCAUAGUGGUUGGCGAGCGACUGUUAUUGGCAUUUUGAACGGAUACAUAGCGAUAUUUAUGGUGUUAUUCCUUAAAUUUUCCUCUAUUUUAAAUAUUUCACUUGGAACUGCAUGUGUAAAUUCCACAUCAGAUCUCAAUGAUGUUUUGCAAUUAUCUGAAAAUUUCUCCGUGAUAACCAGUCUAAUAUCGGAAGGUUCUAUUUUACAAACAAAUACAUCACUUCUCGAAAUUUUCCCGUUAUCUUCGCUUCCCAUAUUUGCAUUUAUGAUUACUAUAUUGUCAAUAAUAAUUUCAUCGCUGUGUCUCAAUGAAACGAACCCGUUGGCACUUGACUGGAAUCUCGUCAUUUAUUCAUCAUUUCCGUCUUUAUGCUUCAAUCGACGAAUCAAUGCCAAUUCUCGCCAGAGACAGAGACAAGCGUUUGUCGAAAGCGAAUCAUUCAGAUAUGCUCAACAAACGCCAUAUCCAGAAACAAAUCAUUUUCCAAAGGAGAAUUCAUUUUUAAAAACCGAAAAAUAA